AAAAGUGUGUAUUAAAAAACCUCAAUAGCACCCACAUUACGACGAGAAAACUCAAACGACAAAACCAUAGUUGAAUUGAGUGAGAAUAAUAUAUAUAUAUAUAUAGAGAGAGAGAGAGAGUAAAUACACCGCUACAAUGUCGGAAGAAGUAGAUCGCAACGAUCCCGAGCUGAAAUACCUUUCGGUGGAACGGAACCAAUACAAUGAUCCGGCCACACAGGCGGAAUGGACACAGAAGCGCCUGGUCUGGGUGCCCCACGAGAAUCAAGUGAGUUCUACUGAAGAACCCUUGCCCACAUAUUCCUCCUGCAUAUUCGCACAUUCAUUUCUCUGCUGAAAUCAUCAGCGUUAAAAGAUGCCACAGUUCUUCAAGUUGGUCAAAAACCAAAUCAAUUUGCCGCUAAAAGGGUUUUGCACAACAUUUUCCAAUUUGCAUAUCGCAGCCACACUCUGACUCACUCACACCAAACAAAAGAGAACGAAAGAGCGGGAGAGCAGGGUCAGGGAUCCAGCGAGAGCGAGGCAAAACAAGUUUGUAAUCUCUGUCCCUGUAUUAGUGUUGAGAUAUGUUCUGCAUGUGUGUGUUUGUGUGUGUGUGUGAGUACUGCCUCUAGCUACCCUGCAGUACGGGUCAUUAAUGACUCAGCUGCUGACACGUCGAUGACCGCGUCACUACCCCCGAUGACAUAGUCGAUGACCGGCCAUACGCUGAGCUGAUGACAUUAACAUGGAGAUGUCCUAGGGCAUAAUCGAUGACAUUGUCAUCGAGCAUUGCCGAAAAAUCAUGACUUAAUAAGCGAUGAUUUUUCACGAUUUUUUGGCUUAAAU